UCUGCCAUCCCUUUUGAUUAGGCCGCCGCUUGCCGCUCGCCGCUUGCCACCGUCCUAGCGGUCUAUCGGAUCACUAUAUAAGCAGGCCCCGGUUUCGCCCAUGCACAUGAGGCCGCAGCUGCAGAGGGACAGCUCCGCAGAGCCGAUACCAUGAGGCGCACCGGGGGAGCUGCCUCCGCCUCGCCGCCCAGCGCAUCCUCCCCUCCGGCCGCUCCGAUCCCCUCGCUGUCCUCCAGCUCCAGCCCAACCCCGAGAGCGCUGGCGUCAAUCGGCCCCGCCGGCAUGGCCAUAUUCACACCGCAGCUUCCUUGCAUCCUGUGCGUCGUCGACCUCUCCUCGGAAAUCUACAACAUCGAUGGCAGGGACGCACCGCCGCUGCCUAAGGUCGUCCCUGCGUGCGCCACCCACACCCCGCGUGUAACGGCCGGGGCCUUCGCCGGCCACGGCAGUCUCCGCGCCCCGGCCUGGCUCGCCAUGCACUGUCUCCCCCUACGACCUGAGGGUAUGGUGCGUACGAGGUUGGGAUGGCUCCAAUGUUCUUCAUCGACGUCCACGGCUCCACGAGAUGACGAGACCAACCAGCAGAAGCAGGCAUCCAUGGAGGGAUUGAGCCGAGAGCGCUGCCUUUGUCGCUCUCUGGCUCUCCUGCCAAUCUCCGCUAUCCGGUGCCACUGUCUGACCCUCGGCAUCAGCAGGCUCUCUUUCCCUCCUCCGUUCUGUACAAAAAAAAUGACACAGCUGCUGGGGUUGUGGAUUUUUUUCUGAGCGGAUUGUGGAUCUUAUUAUAGAUUCAGCACUUGGAAGCUGAAGUAACACUACAGAAGUUCUCUACUUAAGUUUUGCUACUCCUUUACUCUUUCUAAUGCCCUUCCAUCUGGAGCAGUGCAAUUUAUUCAGUACACGACUUGUCAUCUUCUCCCUACGUAAAUCUUCAGCCUGGCCAUUCUAUUUUUGAAAUGAGUUACAGUAUCAUGGACUUGCAUAUUUAACCCCAUCGGUAACAUGUUGGAUUAUGGGAUUUUGCUUGCCUUCUGCGAGCAAACUUCAGAUGAAAAGCAGCCACAAAAUGCAUCAGAUUGUUGAUGGAGAUUGUACUGAAGAGAUAUGGUUUGCAUGAUCAACUUUCACUGUAUAAGAGCAUGCUUAUGGACGAUCUAGAUUCAGGUUGUGAAGCAGGAGUACUCAAAGUGCUAAGUAAGUUACUGAAACAAUACCAUGUGUUUGUCACUUUCUCUAAUAAGCACCCUUCUUUUCCGGGCGAAGUUGAUGAAGAAAUGGAAAGAGAAGACUUAUCCAUACAGGAAAAAUUGGAUAUGGAGCUGCAAGAUCUAAAUAAAGGACUUCAGCAAAAGGAGUUGCUAUUUUCCUUUCAUUAUGAUUGUAUAUAAUUGUUCAUAUACGAAUUUAAAACUUAUCUGGCUCGACCUGGACACUUUGUUCACAUGUACUAAAUAAUAUUUCAUUCUUCCAUCCAUAGUAAACUCAUGUUCAAAGAUAACCACACUUUUGCCCAUCAUAACCUAGAUCAGAUUUCCAUAUCCUCAAU